UCGAGUUGAUGCUCCGUUUUUAAAAUGCAAACAUAACUCGCGAGUACUGUUGUUUACUAAUGUCAUUUUUCAAUUAAUUAUGCCGUUCUUAAAUUCGAUACUGUUUCCUUAAUAUGUCUUUGUUUAUUUUUGAGGAUACUAGAAAAACAGAAGUCCGGAUGGCAACUUAGAAUAAUCGACUGGAUAUUCACGAUAGUUACUUCCGUACUUGUAUUUUGCCGGUGUGAUUGAUUGGAGUUCUUAUUCAUAAUGUCAGAGUUUCUGAUGUUCGCUGGUGUUGUUAUUGGUGUGUUGAUGAUAUUUCGUAAUUUUAUACUUGGAGCGCGCUGCAAAAGCAAAGAGAAACUACAUGGCAAAACGGUCAUCGUAACAGGUAGUAACACGGGCAUCGGUAUGGCCACAGCAGUAGACUUAGCGCGGAGAGGCGCGAGGGUCAUUCUGGCCUGCCGGAACCAAAUACGCGGCGAGGCUGCUGUUGAUGUUGUAAAACGAGAGAGUGGGAGGAAAAAUGUGGUGUUCAUGCAGCUGGAUUUGGCCAGUCUUAAAUCCGUGCGCGCCUUUGCUGAGAUUUUCCUCAAGACAGAGAAAAGACUGGAUAUUCUCAUCAACAAUGCAGGAGUCUAUAUGCAGGGCACUACUGAGGAUGGUCUUGGUCUAAUGUUUGGUGUCAACCAUAUUGGUCACUUCCUCCUGACUAACUUGCUGCUGGACAGAAUGAAAGCGUGUGCACCGAGCCGCAUUGUCACAGUGUCUGCGUAUUUACAUAAUUUCGGUAACCUUGACUUUGACUGUCUUCACACUCACAAGGAGUUUGGAGUGGGUGAGUCUGGAAUGGAUGUGUUUUGGAUAUAUUCACACAGCAAACUCUGCAAUGUGCUCUUCACACAUGAGCUUGCAAAGAGGCUACAAGGAACAAAUGUGACCUGUUACAGUCUCAAUCCAGGUUUUAUCAGCACUGAGUUGGCUCGUAACACUAAUAAAAUGUUCAGGAGGUUACUACUGAAGCCCAUUGCAGCUUUGUUCUUUAAGGACGUACAGUCCGGUGCCCAGACGACUUUACACUGUGCCCUGCAAGAGGGCAUUGAAUCGCUCAGCGGCAGGUAUUUCUCCAACUGUGCUGUGCAGAAGGUGAAGGCGAAGGCUAAGGACGAUGCGUUGGCCAGGAAGCUGUGGGAAGUGAGUGAGACAUUAAGUGGUCUGUCCUAAAUCCACUCUGCGACUCAUACAGUAUCCAAUUUACUUACUUCGUAUACAAUAAAGUUGUCCAUGGAGAGCUCAGCACAGAGACAGACAAUAAUCAAUGGUGGUCUCUUUCUAUAGUUGUUGCAUGGAAUUAUAUACAUCAUCUUUGAUUGUACCUGACUUUCUGUCUAACACAGAUGAUCCACAUAAGCAUUUAUGCUUGCUGUAAUUUUCACUUGAAAUAAAAGCCUAUUUGUCAGUCUUUGCAUUUGGUGAUGUGAAAGUUGGUACACAUUUAUUGUGCUAAUUAUUGCAAUAUUAUCAUUACAAUCAAUGUCAUGUUUGUUAAAUCCUUGAUUAAUCCUUAAGCUAAAGUGCAGUACAACUAUGCAAUCAUAAAGCUAAAAUAAAAAUCAGAUAA